CUCUCUACAGCGAGAUUUCCUGUAAAGCAGUUUUAGAAUUUUGAAUUUUUGAAUUGCUGUUAAAGUUUUUUCUUGUCUGGAUGUAGUUUCAUUGACUGGAAAUUUGUGCGUUUGAGUGCUAAAAAAUGUCGAUGGGGAGUGACCCUACUUGGGUGGGACGGAAGCCUUUGCGUCGAAUUGGGGGAAUGUCUGAUGCUCUCUCUAUCGCCUCCGAUCUUGGUUUUUCAGUCUCCCCACCUCCUACACAGGAAGAACUUCAGAAUUUAUCUACUACCACUGGGGAAAAAGGUGAUGACUUGAUCAGAGUUUUAAGAGAACUUACUGCUGUACAAAGGAAAAUAGCAGAUCUGCAAGUGGAACUUCAGGGGAGAAAGGAUGACAAAAACGUGGCAUAUUUGACUCAUGCAAGUGAAAUGGAAAAGAAGUGUGAAACGUUGGGAAGGAUUACUACUAUUUUGAAGGAUGUUAUUCAGAAUAAGGAUCGCAUUAUUGCUCGUCUUCAACAACCAUAUUCACUAGAUUGCAUCCCGGUAGAGGCUGAGUAUCAGAAACAAUUUUCAGAAUUAUUGAUGAAAGCUGCAAGUGAUUACGGUGCCUUGACUGCAUCAGUAGCAGAUUUUCAAUGGAGUCAAACAUUUAAGGAGCCACCUUCAGUAUGGGGGGAAAUGCUUCGUCCAAUUCCUGUUGCAUUAGCAUCUUGCACUCGGUUUUUUGAAGCAAUGUCUGCAAUGAGAGAAUCGUUUUCAACACUUCAGAAUCUGAGAGUGGGUCAUUCUACUUCGUCUGUGCCUGUGACACCGGCCAAGGAUCCCUCCCAAAGAGCUAACGGGGAUACCGACUGUGUGACUCCACCUCCAUGGAGAACCGAACCAAGUUUUGAUGACUUAGCCAUCAGAAGUUCUAGGAGGCAUGAAACAGAGCAACAAAAAGUAGAAGAUGGAAACAACAUACCAGGGGACUUGAAUCAGACAGACCACAGGAGAUUGUCUUGGCCUCCUUCAGUAAAAAAGAAUUGUAGUUAGUCAAGAGAAAGAUACUUUUCUUUUAGUUUGUACUAUGUGUGAAAUAGUCAUUUUAAUGGAAUAGUUUUGACUAUCUUAUUUGUGCAGUUAUAAGAUUCUGAUUAUUUGAUUCUUGAAAUGUU